UUGCAUGGCUUCAAAAACAGUUGCAAAUAAAAUACGACAUUCAAAGCUUGUAGCUCAGGGCUAAAAACUGUAUUUUGGAACCAGCCAACGUGGCCUGAUUAGCAUAUUUCAAGUUCAGCUAGGCAUGAGGUCAUCGUUUGUAAGACGCGCGCUGAUUGGUCAGAAUUGCCGGGAUAACCUGUUCGCCGAAUGAAAAUGGCUGCCGACUGAUGAAGGGAAGAAAACCUGCUCUUAUUUUCUCCGAUUUUCACAUCAAAACAACAUUUAGGCAUCGAUUUAAAAAGGCAACCAGCUCCGGACGGACGUCAGUGCUACCAUGAUGUGCUAAUGCUGCUAUAGUGGGGGGAUCAAGAAAGGAAAAGAAAAAUCAAACGUUACGGAAGAGGGAACCGAGUUAAAAACAUCCGCUGAUACGUUGUCCGUUUUUCAAGAUGGCGGACGAAAGCGAGACGGCGAAUCUCGUCGGGCCCAAGGCGGGCGGCAGUGGGAGGAAUCCGUUACAGUGGGCGAAGUUCGGACUCAGCGAGGAGAGCGGAUCGCUGAAUCAGCAAACUGCCAAGGGGGAAGCACAGGAACUGUUCGACGAAGAGGAAAAGAACUCAGGAGAGACCAGGAAGCCAUGGUGGAAGUCCAACUUCUUUAUCACAGAGCCCGUCUUGUUUGGGACAUGGGACGGAGUCUUCACCGCCUGUAUGAUGAACAUCUUUGGUGUGGUGCUGUUUCUGAGGACUGGGUGGAUGGUGGUACGUUUGUUUAUUUGUUUGUUUGUUUGUUGUGUGGGACGGAGUGUUCACAGCGUGUAUGAUGAACAUCUUUGGUGUGGUGCUGUUUCUGAGGACUGGGUGGAUGGUGGUACGUUUGUUUGUUUGUUUGUUUGUUUGUUUGUUGUGUGGGACGGAGUGUUUACUGCCUGUAUGAUGAACAUCUUUGGUGUGGUGCUGUUUCUGAGGACUGGAUGGAUGGUGGGUAACGCAGGAAUCGGCUUGUCGAUAGUUAUCGUAUUCAUGACCAUCUCCAUGGCCCUGCUGCCCAUCCUGUCGGCGAUCGGUGUGACGGAGCGAUGUCACAUGGAACACGGCGGGUUGUACUUUCUGCUGUCCCACGCGCUCGGAGGGAGAGUCGGGGGCAGUGUCGGAUUCCUCUUUGUCUUCGGCCAGGCUGUUGUCUGCUCGCUGUACUGCACGGGUUUCGGGGAAUCCUUCGCGGAGGCGGUUGGAUGGAACAACGAGUGGGCGGUGCGCGGCAUCGCCAUAGUAACCCUGCUGGUGUUGCUAGGCAUCAACCUGGCCGGGGUGAAGUGGGUCAUCAAGGUGCAGCUCCUCCUAGUGGGCUGCCUCGGUAUUUCACUGGUAGACUUCAUCAUUGGGACGUUCGUCAAGACUGACAUAGCUUCAGGUGUGGUUGGAUACAGCGUGGAAAACUUCCGUAACAACACGGGACCUGACUACAUCCCGGGUCAAGACUUCUUCACGGUCUUCGGGGUGUUCUUCCCCACGGCAACGGGGGUCAUGGCCGGGGUCAACAUGAGUGGUGACCUGAAGACCCCCAACAGGAGCAUUCCCAUUGGCUCUCUGACCGCCAUCGGAGUCAGCACAAUCCUGUACGUCUUGUUUGUGCUGCUGCUGGGAGCUGUGUGCACACGGGACGGGCUUCAGGACGACUUCAUGAUCGCUGAGAAGGUAUCAGGAGUAGGUGUGCUAUGGCUCCUAGGCUUGUACAUCUCUUCGCUAUCCUCCUGUCUAAGUGGCCUGUACGGAGCCCCGAGAGUUCUGCAGUGCAUCUGUAACGAGAACGUCAUCCCUGUCAUCAAGGUCCUCGGCAGGGGGCGAGGACCCAACAAGGAGCCCUUCCUGGCCAUCUUAGUAUGUGGCUUCAUCUCCUUCUCCUUCCUGUUUGUUGGACAACUCAACCUGCUCGCUCCGAUCGUAACCAUCAACUUCAUGCUUACCUACGCUAUGGUCGACUACGCCUACUUCGCUGUGGGGAUGAGCUACGAUAUGCAUCUCAAACGGAAGGAAAAAUACGAGGGAAACGGCGAUAAGAAAGAAACUGAGAGUUUGCUGUCGCAUGUCAUCGACAAAGGAAAGAAGCUACGCUAUGCCAUGGUCGACUACGCCUACUUCGCUGUGGGCAUGAGUUACGACAUGCACCUCAAACGGAAGGAAAAGUACGAGGGGAACGGUGAUAAAAAAGAAACGGAGAGUUUGCUCUCGCAUGUCAUCGACAAAGGAAAGAAGAGUUUGCUCUUGCAUGUCAUCGACAAGGGGAAGAAGGAGGGGGAGGAAAAAGCCGCGACGAACGGUGUUGGACCAAAGUACGGCACGUUAGAGGAACCGAAGACGGGGAGUUUGAUCGACACGUCCGAACCUAAGACUGCGGAGAAGACUGUAACUAAGGAGCAGAUGGCAGAUGAGCUGACGUCUUCAGCGAUAGAGAAGGAAGGGGAUAAGAAAGGGGAGGAUGCGGAGAAAGGGAAAGAUAAGACUGGGGAUAAAGAUGAAAAAGAUCCUCCGAGAACGUUCCACUACGAGAUCUACAAGAUGCCGAGUUCCUGGUACUCCUUCCUGUGUAACAGAUGGAUCUCUUUAAUAGGGGCGAUAGCGUCUUUAGUGAUCAUGUUUGCCAUCCAGUGGGCCUAUGCGCUGGCGAACCUCGCAGUAUACGUACUACUGUAUGUCUACAUAGGACAGGCCAACCCUGGGGUAUAUCCUGGUUUGACUGACUUCAGCUUAAUCCAGUGGAUAAAGACAACGUUCCAGAGUUUGUGCAGACGAGGCCCGCCCCCUCCAGAGCAGUACGUGGUCACGCCGAUGUUUGUCCCCACCAAGAUGGAGACGGAACAGCUGAACGAGGACAGCGAGGACUACCAAGGUCGCGGGAGAUACCACCAGUCUACCGUCAUGAGGGGGGAGGAGUAUGACAAGUUCGAGUAAAAAAAAAAA